AUGGGUAAGAAAAACAACAAGGGGAAGAAAGCCACCGAUCCGAGUGAGACAUCCAAACUACUGGCCGCCAAGAUCUCGCAGUUGGAACAGGAUGCCGUUGGUGAGAAGGAACAGGAAGCAGAAAUCGAGCGCGAAGUUAAGAAGGCGACUCGAGAUCUGAACCAACUUCUCAAUACCAUGGAAUCCCCAAUGACUCGCCUGGAGGCUGUUUCCAAAAAGUAUACCGAGUUGCUAGCGGACAUGAAAAAGUUGGACCGGGACUAUGCGAAGAGCAAGAAACGCGCCGAUCAACUGCAGAAGGAGCAGGAGAAAGGCAAAUCGGAAUUUGGAAAGACUGUCACCAUGAAGGACAAGCUGGAGAAGCUGUGCCGAGAGCUGACCAAGGAGAACAAGAAAGUUAAGGACGAGAACAAGAAGCUGGACGACACAGAGAAGAAGGCCCGUUUGAUCGUGAAUGAACGACUGGACUCUUUGCUAUACGACAUUCAAGAUGUCAUGGCUGCCAAGGGGAAUCCUCGUAACGAGAAAGUGGAUACGGAUUUGGAUGAAGCACUCCGUGUAAAGCUCAAGACUAUUAGCGAGCAAUUUGACACCCGCGAGCUUCAUUACAAGGGUCUCCUUCGCAGCAAGGACUCGGAGAUCCAGAGCCUGACCGCCAAGUACGAGGAGCAACGCCGAGCUGCCGACAAUGAAUCCGUUCGCGGCCGAGCUUUGAGUGCGCAGGUCUCUACCUUCUCUCAUACGGAAGCAGAACUACGCAGUCAGCUCAACAUCUACGUCGAGAAGUUCAAGCAGGUCGAGGAUACUUUGAACAACAGCAAUGAGCUUUUCCUGACUUUCCGGAAGGAAAUGGAAGAGAUGUCCAAGAAGACCAAGCGUUUGGAGAAGGAGAACCACACUCUCAAUCGGAAGCACGAAUCAACCAAUCGCAACAUCCUUGAAAUGGCCGAAGAGCGUACUCGGAAUCAUGGAGAACUCGAACGAUGGCGACGCAAGUGUCAACAUCUCGAGGCUCUGUGCCGUCGUAUGCAGGCACAAGGCCGCGGCGAAGGAUUAGCCGAGGGCGAUGAUCACUUAGAAAAUGAUGACGAAGGCACCGAGAGCGAGUACGAUGACGAUUACGAAGACGAGGAAGACUUAAGCGAGGAGGGAGAGUUAGACGAGCAUGAUCGUACCAUCUCCCACCCUGCCGAACGGCCUGUCUUUGGUCCGCCUCCGCCUCCCAGUCUUCUCGAGGCCCGAGCUUCUAAGAAUGCCGUUCUGAACGGUUGCCAUUGA